UAUGAUUGGGCCACUGCACUCCAAUCUGGGUGACAGAGCAAGACCUCAUCUCUAAAAGAAUAAUAAUAAUAUAUCUGCCAAAUGCUCAAGUAUCAAUAGCCAUACUUUGUUUAAACCUAUUCUUUCAAGUAAAAAUAUGGUAUUCCAAGAAAAAGAUGACUUGUUCAGUUUGCAACACCAGCAAUCACACGAGUGCUUUUCCAUGAGAUAGCCAUUGUACGUCGACAUGAAGCAGAAAUAACUUUCUGUGUUUUCCCCAUUUCACCAUACGAUGUCAUAAAAAUAUGUACUUAAGAAUUGAGAUGUGGCCACACCACCGGGGCAGACGAACCAGCAGAGUGGUCCCCCCACCAAAAAAAAAAUAAGAAAAAAAAAUUAGAAAAAGAAAAAAAAAAGAAUUGACAUGUAAUAAAAUUAAUAUUUGUUACUGCUUCAUCAGGGACAUUGUUACAUGAAAGUGGCUUUCUGCCCAUGUUACUGUGAGUACGUCGCAGUGAAGACUACAGUGACUGCUCGGUCAGUUUGGUGCCACUGCUUUGAUUCGUGCUCAGGCACCUUUACCCCUUACGCCUUCUGCAGUGCAGAUGUCAAGACUAUGGAGAAAAAAAGGAAAUAAUGUCUUAGUAUUAUUUCGAAAAUAGUUUUGACCUCCCCAACUCCCUGAAAGGGUCUCCAGGACCCCAGCAGUCAGCAGACCCCAACUUGAGAACCACUGAGGUAGACAGUAGAAAUCACGUAACAUACCACCAACACUGAGAAGUUAGCCUUUUCUUCCUGUUCUUCAUGGUUUGUGGCUGCAGACUUGGUGACUAGCUGGUCCAAGUGAAGGCUGGCCUUUGGGAGAUGUAUUAUUGUGACGAAAUCCCACUAGAGUUCUUUCCUAGUUCCCUAGAGCCCGGUUGUUUUUUCUGUCCCUGGGCUGUUAGUGGAAGCUGCAAAGAAGCCUUGGUUGCAGGUUCACUUGACUGCCAGCUUCUGUGUGAGACCUGUGUAAUCCUUGCUUUUUUGUAUGUUGUGGAGCUAACAGAUAUAUUUUUAAAUGUGGUGAUUUCCUAAUCUUUCACAUUAGAGGGUCUUAACACUGAUUGCAGAGGCUCGUCAGUGGUCCGUGUGUGGGCUUUAGGUGGCACAUGAGCCCUUGAAAUUUUACAAGCAAACUUUUCUGUUAUUUCUUUGGGGGUGGGGGAGAAGGUGGGUUGUGGGGGAAAGUUAAUGGCUUCAAUCAAGUUCUCAAAGAAGUCUGUGACCCGCUUUCCUGCAAAAACAAAUGUUUAAAAAUCAGUUUUCAGAUUGACAUUCUUAGGGGGUGACAUCUCCCCAUGCAUUGCCCAUUUUCUGAUGCACCUCAUUUUGGAAAGAAGUUUGGAAGCUCCCUCCCUGGCUCUGCUCAUCCUUGGUUAUUCCCCAGGGCAUUUCUUCACAGUCCAGGUAGGUCUGUGCCGGCAGGUGCUUCACUGUUGUUUCUGAGUGCACCUCCUGAGAGAGGGGGAACUGGGCCUCCCGUUUCUUUCAUAUUCCAAAAUGCGAAGCUGGAGCUGGAUCCCUUCAGAGGGUGGUGGGUAUUUCAGGCCAGAGAUUACACUCCGCUAAAUUAGUGGGUCCCUUCUUGAACUACUGAAAUAUGCAAACUUGGAGUGUUUAUUUAUGCCUCAACCCCAAGAUGUGUUUUUCGCCCACACAUUCUUCAGUCUGCUUCUUGGAAUCCAAGCGCUGUCAUGAAAGCUGCAAGGCAGUCUGUUUAGUUCCAACAGUAGCAUUUUUGGAAGACUUUCUCGAUUCCGUGGGAGGAGUGUGGUGACUACCACUUGCUGACAAGAAGCAGCGGAGGAUUCUGCGGCGUGACAAUAUGUAUCGCCUAAGCUGUCAGCCCCGCCACGUGCACCGCUCUUUCGGCGUCAGCUCUGCUGGGCUGCAGAGGAGGAAAGAAGGCUUGUCCAAAUGUGGAAGAUGCAAGCAGGCAUUUUACUGCAAUGUGGAGUGUCAGAAAGAAGAUUGGCCCAUGCACAAGCUGGAAUGUUCUCCCAUGGUUGUUUUUGGGGAAAACUGGAAUCCCUCAGAGACUGUAAGACUAACAGCAAGGAUUCUGGCCAAACAGAAAAUGCACCCGGAGAGAACACCUUCAGAAAAAUUGUUAGCCGUGAAGGAGUUUGAAUCACAUCUGGAGAAGUUAGACAAUGAGAAGAAGGAUUUGAUUCAGAGUGACAUUGCUGCUCUCCAUCACUUUUACUCCAAGCACCUGGAAUUCCCUGACAAUGACAGCCUCGUAGUACUGUUUGCACAGGUUAACUGUAAUGGCUUCACAAUUGAAGAUGAAGAACUGUCUCAUUUGGGAUCAGCGAUAUUUCCAGAUGUCGCAUUGAUGAAUCACAGUUGUUGCCCCAAUGUCAUUGUGACCUACAAAGGGACGCUGGCAGAAGUAAGAGCUGUGCAGGAAAUCAACCCAGGCGAGGAGGUUUUCACCAGCUACAUCGAUCUCCUGUACCCGACGGAGGACAGGAACGACCGGUUAAGAGAUUCUUAUUUCUUUACCUGCGAGUGCCAGGAGUGCACCACCAAAGACAAGGAUAAGGCCAAGGUGGAAAUCCGAAAGCUCAACGAUCCCCCAAAGGCAGAAGCCAUCCGUGACAUGGUCCGAUAUGCACGCAAUGUCAUUGAGGAGUUCCGGAGGGCCAAGCACUAUAAAUCCCCUAGUGAGCUGCUGGAGAUCUGCGAGCUCAGCCAGGAGAAGAUGAGCUCCGUGUUUGAGGACAGUAACGUGUACAUGUUGCACAUGAUGUACCAGGCCAUGGGUGUCUGCCUGUACAUGCAAGACUGGGAAGGAGCCCUGCGAUACGGACAGAAAAUCAUUAAGCCCUACAGCAAGCAUUAUCCUUUGUACUCGCUCAACGUGGCCUCCAUGUGGCUGAAGCUGGGAAGACUGUACAUGGGCCUGGAGCACAAAGCUGCGGGAGAGAAGGCCCUGAAGAAGGCCAUUGCAAUCAUGGAAGUAGCUCAUGGCAAAGACCAUCCAUAUAUUUCUGAGAUCAAACAGGAAAUUGAAAGCCACUGAAACUAUGCACCAUUUUAGUUUUCAUUUAAAUACUUAGCGGAAACCUUAAAGACUUUGCAUAUUUCAAAUCGUGCACUUCACUCCAGCAAUUCUGUAAAAUAAUCGGAAUGAGAACACUUAUUGCACUUAAACCUUGCUCAUGCCAUGCUUUGAGGUUGGUCUUAAUCUUGAACUUUAAUAUCAAAUUAAUUUUGAAUGCUUUUGUUUUCCUAAGAGAUUAUGGCAUGGUUUCAUAUAUAAAAUACUUUGGACAGAGUUUUAAAAAUGCAAUUAUUUUUCCCUUCAUGCCUCUUGUACUGUUCUGAACAAACUUGAAUGAUGAAAGAGAAUAAAAGAGAUA